AUGGCACCAGUUAUCAAACGAGCUGAAAAGGAGAAUGCGUUGCACUCGAUCCUCGCGUUUGCGAAGCUCCUCGAAGAAUAUCUUACUUCUGCCAGUCCUGAAAAGCCUCUACCAGCGGAUAUUUACAAUAAAAUUGAAACCGCAGUCUCGAUCCGUAAUACUUUAGCAGCCAGUAGACGGGUUGAUCUUGACAAGCGCGGGACUAGACUCUGGAAUUUAUCCUCGAAGCUCAAGAACACAGUCGAAGAUGGGGAACUGCUCUGCUUGGUUCGCGUCUUCGCUUUUCUUCUUCUCGACUGCGCUCAACGAUGCACCCAAGGUUCCGCUUCAAAUGAUCUUCGAGUACUAAAGUCUUCCUUGAGGACGUCAAGGUACUGUCUGGACAACCGCCAGUUGAGUCUUGCUGAAAUAGCUGUCGAACGAGCUGCUUUCUACGAGGAGAGGCUAAAGGGCUGCCGAGAUGUAACUUCGCAGGAGCACGGCCGGCUUGUCAGUCGCCUUUUAAAUGAAUACUUGAGUUUGAGGGUUGCUCUGGCGUGGCGGCAAGGUCGUCUCGAUAUUGCAAAGCUCAUGCUGAACAAAGUGAAUCUUGAUACGAACAAUCUUGAACUCUCUUCGGCGGAGGAGCUUGCCGAUCUCUUCUUCGAAAUCGGUGGCAGUCAAAGCAAGAAUAACCAAUGGGCUGAGGCCGUACAUUGGCUGGAAAGAGCCCACAACGUACUCUUGAACCAAAGUCAGGACUUGCUGAGUAGCGAUGCUGGAGAGCUUCGGAUCAGCAUCAUGCACAGCAUGGCCAGAGCUCUUCUGAACCUAGAGAGUGACGGCAGCCAAGACAAAGCAUGGAACAUUGUUCGCGAACUGGAGCUGGACUGUGGGAAUAGACUAGUCGUCCUACUUCUGAAGCUCGAAGUUUUUGCGACUGAUGCCUCCCACUCCGCCCAAGAUUACUGCGACAUCCUCCACAAGAUUAUCUGCACGGUCUAUCUUACCGACAUAAACGUCAAGACCAUAUUACAUCAUGUGCAUAAGCUGAGUUCUCGAAGUCCGCUCAUGGCGCACCAUGUGCUCGUCACGCUCCUCUCCGAAAGACUGCUAGGUGCAGAAGAAACGAAAUGGAUUGAGAAAGUAUUGAUCACCAUCAUCUGGAAUUGCACGAACUCUACAGAUAUCUUGGAUGUUCUGACUUCACUAAGCGAGGUCUUUGACGCCCUGGCUCAUAGCGCUGCCAAAGCUCUAAGCCCCCAUGCGACGCACGCAGCGCAGAUACUUUUGUGGAAGCGCAUAGAAGCGAGCUACAAUCACGAGACAUAUGACACUGCCGAAGCUUGGUGCCGGCUUUCAUUGCAUCCAGUAUUUAGCAGUUCCGGCGAAGUGAACGUUGGGAAGUUGCAAAGGAAGCUAAUACUCUGCGCUCUGAGCAUGUCAGACCAAGCGAAAGCCCGAGAGGUAUAUUCGCAAAUGUCGUCCCCCAACAAGAAGGAUCCGUCAACCAUGUACGUGCUCUACAAGGUCGCACUGAGAUGUCGUGACUCAGGACUAGCUGCCGAAUGCAUUGACACCAUCUGCACUGCCUCAAGUAAGGACGCUACUUUGCUCUAUGCAUGUGUCCUGGAAGCGCAACAGACGGGGGACCACCUUCAGAUAAUAAACUCAUUGCAGCGGGUCCUUGAGAAAUACAGUUAUAACGCUCCCAAUAAAAUCCACCUUCCAGCUUUGCUUCGAUGCACCGCUCGUCUUCUCAUUCGCGAACUCGAAAAUCCUCCCUCACACGUCACAGAUUGCAUUGAUGAGAUAUGCAAGCUCUUCGAGGGUGCUGCUGCCCAGGCAAGAACCUCAAGGCGCAGUGCCGCGAACGACCUCUUCUCGCUGGCAGAGCUUGAUUGGUUCUCAAGAAACACUUAUAAUCUGGCUCUCAAAUAUUGCACGAGCUGGAGUCCAGAACAAACACUGCGGCUCGUGCAAUCUUGCCUUAGAUUCAUUGGGCUCUAUCCCGCUGCCAUCGACCUCAACGUGACAGCAGACUUGUCUCUCCGAAGACUUUUCUGCGAUUUCUUGUGCGGCUCAUUAUUGAUUGUGCUUGCCCGAUGCGAAGAUAAUGUAGAACACCAGCUCCAACACUAUACCAACGUGCGCAAGGUGAUCGAUGACUUUCGAGUCGACGUAAAAGGCCAAGUCAACAGGUUGGAGGGAGGCGCUAAAGGCGACCUGCAGCACAAGUAUGCAAGUCUUUUGGCUUUUGAUUACGAGGCAGCCGCACGGCUCAAAGCCUGGGAUAGCUUGGAUCAGAUCAUCAAGGAAUCCCAAGAUUUUGAAGAUCCAAAAAUAUAUGGUUUAUUUGCAGAUAUCACGCUUUCUUCUGAAGCACCAGGUGACGUAAUGAUCACGACGAUACAGCAAAUUAUCAACAUCACCUGGCAGCACAAUAACGGCGGCACCGACAAGCUUUCUAGGUGGAUCAGAUGUCUCUUCUCAUUGGCUCUUUCGGAAAGAGACAUAGCGGUGCAGCUUCUCGACCAAGCUGUGACUAUCGCAGAAGACGCGAGAAAGCAGUCAAAGCCGUAUCCACCAGAAGAACUCGAAUGGCUUGCAACAACGACCUUCAAUCGCGCAAUUGACUUUUAUUAUGCGGCAUGUAUGGAUAAGAUGGACAUCGCAGGAAAGAACAACGCGACGUGA